GUAAAAGUGCACACUCGACUCAAUAUCGUCCUCAAUUAUAACCGGCUAAAGGUUUCUGUUAUAAUAUAGAACCACUUCUAAAUCUAUAAAAGUUGGAUACGUUAUUUUUUUCGCAAGGACUAACUGUCGAACAGGAUAACAUGGGCAAGAAACGCGUGUUGGUGAUAGGCGCUGGAGCCAGCGGACUAACAGCCAUCAAAUGUUGUCUUGACGAGGGUCUGGAACCAGUCUGCUAUGAGCGGUCCUCUUACAUUGGAGGGUUGUGGCACUACACUGCCGAUGUCGAAGAGGGUCAGGGAUGUGUGAUGAAGUCCACUGUGAUUAAUACGUCGAAGGAGAUGAUGUGUUACAGCGAUUUCCCGAUCCCGGCUGAGUUUGCCAUCUACAUGCACAACACGAAGGUUGACCGGUACUUGAACAUGUAUGCCGACAACUUUGCGCUGAAAAAAUACAUCCAGCUGAACAGAGAAGUUGUGACCGUGAAGCCGUCAACUUCCGGUCAAGGCAAAUGGGAGGUUGUGAGUAAGGCGAAGGGCUCGGAAGACUCCGACACCGAAACGUACGAGGCAGUGCUUGUGUGCACGGGUCACCAUGCAGAGAAGAACAUCCCCGACUUUCCUGGGCUCGACAAGUUCAAGGGCAAGGUCGUACAUACCCACGACUACAAGGAUUACCAUGGCUUCGAGGACAAGAAUGUUCUUAUUAUUGGGAUUGGGAAUUCAGGCGGUGAUGUAGCCACGGAGCUCAGCAGAAUCACAUCGCAGGUAUACUUGAGCACACGUUCUGGUUCGUGGAUAUUUAACAGAGUGGCGGAUAACGGGGAUCCAGGAGACAUGCUUGCAUUUACAAGAUUCAACGCGAGCCUCCGAAAAUUAUUACCUGCGAACACAAUGAAAAACCUUUUUAUCAAAAAGCUAAACAAGCGCUUCGAUCACGCAAAAUAUUCCAUUCAACCGAAUUACCCGCCUUUUGCCGCCCACCCCACGGUAAAUGACGAACUGGCAAACAGAAUUGUUUCUGGAGGCAUUAUUGUAAAAGCUAACGUUAGCCGGUUUACGGAACACGGAGUGGUGUUCGAAGAUGGGACCGAAGUUGACUACAUUGACAACGUUGUUUUGGCCACUGGAUACAUUUUUGGGUUUCCAUUUCUGGACAAGAAAAUCACUGAAGUGAAAGAGAACAAAGUGAAUCUUUUCAAGUACAUGUUUCCGCCGGAUUUAGAGCACCAUUCACUUGCAAUCAUUGGAUGCUUCCAGCCUAUCGGCGCCAUUAUGCCUAUAAGCGAAAUGCAGUGUCGUGUGGCCGCAAAGGUCUUUAAGGGGGAGACGAACCUUCCCAGCCGGUCCUUAAUGUGGGAGGACAUCCGCGGGAAGGAAGAGGCGAUGGCCUUGCGUUACAAGGCGUCCCCGAGACAUACCAUACAGGUCGAGUACAUCACAUUCAUGGACGAACUGGCCGAGCUUAUCGGAUGCAAACCUGACCUGCAGAAGUUGUUUCUGAGUGAUCCAAAAUUGGCGUUUAGGGUAUUUUUCGGUGCGGCGACGCCCUACCAGUACCGCUUGCACGGGCCCGGGACCUGGAAGCGAGCCCGGGAGUGCAUCUUCACACAAUGGGAACGAACGUACAAGCCCCUUAAAACGCGACCUUGCAACGUUAAACAGGCAGAAGGCUCGGGUGCCAUGAAAUUAAUAAUUGUUGUGAUUGUCGCCCUCAUAGCUUACUUUCUGGUUUUCUGAAUAUCAGCAAAAUGUACAUAGCAUGUAUGGGCACAAUGUCAAAGCCCAAACCAGAAAACUUGUAGAACAGUAGUUUCAUUUUAUGUCCAUCUUCUAUAUGGGACACUAGUGUAAACGCUUAUACAGUUAUUUAGACUGGCGUCGUGUUAAUUAUUUGCAAAAACGAUGUUAAUUGAGCGUUUACUAUCAUAGCAACUGCAAAUGAAAUUAAAAGCAAGCAGUUGAAAAAAAAAUAUUAUUAAACAGAUUGAAAAAGCCGAUAUGAAACGUACUCAUCCGUCGUAGGCAGCGUGCUUUUUAUUCCAUCCAACGAUCAACACUCCGCAAAUAGAUUCAUUUAUUCGAUUGAUAUUAUAGUGUUUGUUUAUUGUGCUACGGAAGGAUCUGUCUCGUUAAUGAUCCUGCUUGUCACUUUAAGUCUUGAUCUAUUGAUGAAUGAUUUUUAAAAAAUAGAGCACCGCUUUAAAAGCUGGUGCUAGUUUACAGUGUUUUAUAUUGUUGUCAAUGGACAGUCUCAUUGUAAUCGAGACUGCUCUUGUAAUACAUAGUUUGCACUUACACGGCCUCUAAACGCCAGCCCCACCCACAUGAUUGAUACUUACACAUUUGUAGUUCCAUGGUAAAAAUUAACAGCACCUAGCCGUUUGUUUUCGAAAUAGUUUUCAGUAAGGUCAAGGUAGUUCGCGAAGAGUUUUGUUUCCGUAAGUAGUAUGCAUAACCAGCAUAAUGUUCAAUGAAUGAUAAACAUAGCAACUUUUGUAUUCAUUCCAAAAGCGUUAACUUUUUAAACUACUUCAAUCGCAAAACAUACUCGAUAGCGCCACCACUAGGGCAACAGCGCCACCACUUUUAUAAAUAUGUGCAUUUUCCUUUUUAAGAGGUGCUUAUUAGUUUUGUUGUGUUCCGGCAUAGGUAAUAUGCGUGAUAAUGUUCUUACGGGGUGUGUAAGCACCGAAAUGUACUUGCUAUGCAAUCAGAUCUCAAAAUAUGCAUUCGGGAGAAAAGCUCCUGGCACCACAGUUUGCACAAUAUUGAAACGAAAUAGUAACCAGCCUACAGUAGAAGUGUUCUUACACGGUACCACAUUCUCCGAUUUUUAAAAUAUGUCCGUUAAAUGAAAUUAUCAAAUAAAAUAUAAAUCAUACUCACGUUUGUUCAUGUAAACAUAGGGCACAGCUCCACCACGGAAUUGUCGACAGCUCUUUUUCUUUGCACCAACGUAAAGUGGUGGAGCUGGCGUUUAGUGGCCGUGACUUAGUGCUUCCGAAAAUUUUCUCUUCUGGAAUGAACUUAAUGCCGAGUUAAUAAAUGCUUUUUGUCAAAGCUAUAUAAAAAUGACCAAGGCAUGCAUGUUUCAAUACCGAAAUAAGUCUGGGUGACUGAAACUGUAUAGUUCUAUGAUGCUGUUGCAUUCAUGCAAACAAACUAUAAUUGUGCAGAUCACACAUACUUACACUGUUCAUUUCUAGCAAUUAUGAAAUUGUUCGAUAAUGUUUGUGAUACAGAUUUUUGAUUUGCAUCAAAGAUGCUUUUUUAUUUAUUUGAAUAUAAAUUCAUUUUGUUUUGUUAUUCAAUUUAAUGUUUAUGUUGAUUUUUUCGCUGUUGAAACCACAUUAGUCAGAAAUAAAUUUUGACAUAA